ACUUGCACCACAAACGCAAGAAGAGCUGCGGACCCCAUGGACGACGACAUCGAUCACUUGCUGGAACAAGGCAUCAAGGCCGCCGCUAACGGAGGAGGAGGCGAGCAUGCGUCCAUGGAAGAUGCUGGGUCGAGCCGAUACAAAGACUCGUCCCGUCGCGACCGCCCCCGUUCCCGCUCGCGAGAACAUCGCCGAGAUCACCGAGACCGCCGUGACCGCUCACGUGAAAGAGAUAGUCGACGCAAACGGUCUCGCUCACGGUCACGUGAUAGUCGUCGAUCACGUCGACGGUCCAAGUCGCAUUCCCGAAGCCGGUCCAAAGACAGGAAAGAACCUGCUGCUCCUGAACCACCACGCGCACGAAGCACGUCCCAGGAACGCAUUGAACGGGCCAAGCAGCGCGAGCUCAUGGAGCUCACGCGUGACCACCGCACGGUGUUUGUCGGGCAGUUGACGCAAAAAGUGCGAGAGCGCGACUUGGAAAAAUUCUUUGGGUCGUUGGCUAAACUCGAGCAUGUACUACUGAUCCGCGACAAGUUUACAAACAAGUCGAAGGGGUUUGCGUAUGUCGAGUUCUCCAACUUGGAAGAUAUUCCGAAGGUGCUGCUCGUGAACGGCCAGGUCCCAUCCUUCCAGUCGUUUCCGAUCUUGAUCAAGGCGAGUGAGGCCGAGAAGAACUUUGCUGCGCGAAAGGACGCAGUGUUUUCCAGUGGACCAACCACAAAGGCCAGCGCCAGUGGGUACUCGAGUUCAUACGGCGGCAGCAGCAGCGGCGGCGGCGGCAGUUCUUCGGGCCUGUCGCUGUCUGCGGCGUCCCGCGUGUACGUGGGCAACCUCCAUGGCAACAUCAACGAAGACGACGUGAAGGCGGUCUUCAGUGCAUUUGGUGAAGUCGUGUCGGUGGCGCUCAACCGCGACGACAUUGGACGGUCGAAAGGAUUCGGGUUUGUGCAGUUCACGACCCCCGACGAGGCCAACUUGGCGCUUACCAAGGCGAACGGGCUGGAAGUGGCGGGCAACUUUUUGAAGGUCGGCCCCGUUCGCGAGCACGAAGGAUCUGGAUAUGGACGAGAUUCCGGCCCGUCGGCAUUCAACAACAAGGGCUACGGUGCUGGCGGUGGUAACUGGAAGCUCGAAGACGAAGAAGGUUCCGGUGGGUACGCGCUCAACUCGCAGAGCCGAUCGGCGCUUAUGGCCAAGUUGGCUGGUGGCGCCGGCGCUUCGAGUUUGGCACUCCCAACGUUGCAGCCCAACAACCCGUUGGCGUCCAACCCAGUGGCGCCCUCUGUGAGUUUGGCCCAGACGCAACGCGCGGCGGCGUUGGCGGGUGGCGACAUUGAGGGCGUCGAUAGCGUCUGCUUUGUUGUGAAGAACAUGUUCGACUUGUACAAAGAGCGGCGAAGCGGCAACCCCGACUGGCACGUCGAGAUCCAGCAGGACGUCGUCGAUGAGUGCUCUAGAUAUGGCAAGGUCGUGCACAGCUUUGUGGAAAAGGACAAGGAAGGCGGUCUCGUGUAUAUUUGCUUUGACGCGCUCUCGGCUGCUCGCGAAGCCGCCCACCGUCUCCACGGACGCUGGUUUAACAUGCGGCAGAUCAGUCUUCGUUUCAUGCCGACCCAAGAGUACGUCGGGAUGUUUCCGUCGAUGCGCAGCGUGAUAGCUGCCGUGAAACAGCGCUAAUCUUAACACGACGCCCUUUAUGAGUCAUGUGUGUGGUGGGGCCAUACGAAGGCUGAUUCAAAGGCGAAUGUUGAAACGAAUCGACGGACUGGGAACACUUGGCCCAGAAAAACCACCACGAUCGACGUGUGCUUGAAAAGCUUAAGUUAUGUGGACAUUCGGAAACAGCACGGGUGUUUUCACCUUAGACGUCUUGGACGUCCUCGUCGUCGUCAGUAGCACCGAGAGUCUCCGCUGUAAUGGCCAUGAGCUCUUCGACUUGAACUUCCGUGAGUCGUUCGGCACAAUCUUCAAUGAUCAAGUGCACGUCCACCAACUCCAUCGGGCAAUGGUUGAUAAAUUGAAGCUUCUCUGCAUUCGUAAGCUCGAAUCCCGCGACCAUGGAUAAGAAGUGCGCGAUCUUGUCUUCCGUUAACGUCUUGGCUGGCGAAUGGGACAGGCAUUUGAGAACUUUGGAAUCAAUCCAGUUGCGCUCCGCGUACAGAGUAGAGUGCGUCUUGCGUUCCAUGCGACCGUUCUUCCUCUCCUCGAGCAGGGUCAUCACCUCGUAGUUGGUCAGCGGCCCCUCGGACGCCUCGAGCACCUUCAUCUUGCACUUACUGGAUGGCGU